CCACACAAAACAGACCAUUGCAAUUGACAUGAAUGUUUCCAGUCUGUUUCAAACCACUCCAGCCAAUGCCGUGUUUCUCUUUUUCUACAAAGGGGAGUAGAAACUUGGAUGCAUUAUGCCAGAAAUCACUGUAGCUACUUAUAGUUAAUCUCCAUUGCAGUUUCAGCAUAAUUAUUGAAGAAAACUCGUGCCAUACUUGUUUUCUCUUGAACUUUCUUUUCCUUUUGCAAUUUCUGCACAAAAUUUUGUUUCCAGAUCUGCAUAUUGAUUGGCUAUUGUCAGUUGAAGAUAUUUAUCUUUUGAAGCAUCUUGCCUGUGGGAUUGUGUUUCUUCAUCCCAUUUCUCAAGAUUUGGCAAAUGCCCAGAAGGGUUCAGUGAAGGGAUAAAGGGUGAACACAGAAAGAGAAGAACAGGUAAAUUAGGAAGGCGAAGGAAGAAAUAUUGGUGAAGCAUCAGGGUCCAAGGCAUGGGAUUCUUUGGCCUAUUUGUUAUAGGGAUGAUAUGUGUACUUGUUAGAAUAGGAGAUGCUCAGAUGAAUGCAUUUUUAGUUAAUUGUGGAUCGAAUUCCAGUAUUAAUGUGAAUGGCAGAAAAUGGAUUGGUGACUCAUCUCCAGGGAACAAUAUCACCAUGAGUGCACCUGGUAUUGAAGCAUCCACUGCCAUGGUCAGUGGAGAUACAGUUUAUGCAUCACUAUACAAAACUGCUAGAAUUUUUACCGACAGAUUAAAUUACACGUUGCAAGGAGCACAGGGCAGCUAUUUUCUUCGGCUCCAUUUCUAUCCAUUUGCAUUUGAAAAUUUCAAUGCAAAUCAAUCUUACUUUUCUGUGGAGGCCAAUGGUUUAAAGUUGGUUUCUGAGUUCAAUGUCCCUGGUGAGAUUGGAGACAAGAAUAGCAAUUUGCAGGCUUCUAAAGGCAAUUCUAGUUUUACUUCCUUGGUGAAGGAGUAUUUCUUCAAUGUGGAAAGCAAUGGUAUUGCAAUUGACUUUAUUCCAAGCAAAGGUUCUUUUGGUUUUGUGAAUGCAAUAGAAGUUAUUCCAGUUGCAGAUAAGCUCUUUCUUGACUCUGUAAAGAAAGUGGGUGGAAAUGGUGCUAAUAGUUCUCUUAAUUUGAGCAAAAGGGGGAUUGAAACUAUGUAUAGGUUGAAUGUAGGGGGAUCAACAAUCAAUCCUGAUCAGGAUUCGGAGCUCUGGAGAUUAUGGGAGCUGGAUUCUGGCUACAUGAUCAAUGUAGAUGCAGGGUCAGAAAUCAGAAACAAAUCCUACAUAGUCUAUGCUUUACCUAAUGACACCUAUUUUGCUCCCAUUCCCGUAUAUGAAUCGGCUAGAACUAUGUCCAAUAAUGAUGUCUUGGAGAAAAGGUUUAAUAUGUCAUGGAAAUUGGAAGUGGAUCCUGAUUUUGAUUACCUUGUCCGAUUACAUUUCUGUGAGCUGGUAUAUAAUAUAUCAAAUCAAAGAAAUUUCAGAAUCUAUAUAAACAAUAAAACUGCAGCCGACAAUUUUGACAUCUUCACCCGAGCUGGUGGAAUGAACAAGGCAUACCAUGAGGAUUACUUUGAUGUGAUGCCUUCCCAAUCGAACAACCUGUGGAUACAGCUUGGUCCUGAUGCAAGCGCUGCUGCUGCUGGAACUGAUGCUCUCUUGAAUGGUUUAGAAGUUUUCAAGUUGAGUCGGGAUGGUAAUCUAGCUUUUGUACAGAGCUAUCAGAAGUCAGAAGAGAAGAAGUCUUCAAGAUCUUUGAUACUGUGGGUGGCAAUUGGUGCUGGCAUUGCUUCUAUUGUCAUUCUUGCAGCUAUCGUAGUGCUUAUUUUCUGGUUAUGUAGAAAGCCAAGCACUCAACAGGGUGAUACGAAAAAGACCUCUCCCGGAUGGCGACCUAUAUUCCUUCUUGACAGCACUACUAAUGCAAAGGGAUCACUACGAGGUCAAAAUCCCAGUGGAUUUGCAGCCAGUAGAUCCGGAAGGCGUUUCACCCUUGCAGAGAUUAGAGCAGCCACAAACAAUUUUGACGAAAGUUUAGUGAUUGGUGUUGGAGGAUUUGGCAAGGUGUUCAAAGGAGAACUUGAAGAUUGCACACUGGCUGCGAUUAAGCGAGCUAAUCCACAGUCUCAACAAGGUCUCACAGAAUUUGAAACAGAGAUUGAGAUGCUAUCCAAACUGAGGCACAGGCAUCUGGUUGCAAUGAUAGGAUUCUGUGAAGAACAAAAUGAAAUGAUCUUGGUAUAUGAGUUUAUGGCUAAUGGUACACUUAGGAGCCAUGUCUUUGGGACUGACCUUCCAUCAUUGACAUGGAAGCAACGAAUAGAAGUGUGCAUUGGUGCUGCCAGGGGCCUGCAUUACCUUCAUACAGGAUCAGAACGGGGAAUUAUCCACAGGGAUGUCAAGACUACAAAUAUAUUGUUGGAUGAGAACUUUGUAGCAAAGAUGGCUGAUUUUGGGCUGUCCAAAACUGGUCCAUCAUUGGAGCACACACAUGUGAGCACUGCAGUCAAAGGGAGCUUUGGAUAUCUAGACCCUGAAUACUUCAGAAGGCAGCAGUUGACUGAGAAAUCUGAUGUCUACUCAUUUGGGGUGGUAUUGUUUGAAGUCAUAUGUGCACGAGCUGUUAUCAACCCAACGUUGCCAAAAGAUCAGAUCAAUCUUGCAGAAUGGGCAAUGAAAUGGCAACGCCAGAAAUCACUUGAAACCAUUAUUGACCCACGACUCAAUGAGAAAUAUUCUCCAGAAUCUUUAACUCGAUUUGGAGAGAUCGCUGAAAAGUGUCUUGCAGAAGAAGGGAAAAGCAGGCCAACCAUGGGGGAAGUUUUAUGGCACCUGGAGUAUGUCUUACAAAUUCAGGAAGCUUGGCUGAGUACAAUUGCAGCAGAAAUGUCCUUCACUGGUAGUCAACCUCUGGAGCUUCCUGAUGAUAAUGAUACUACAGAACUGGAUAAGGAAGGUGGUUUGGAUAAACCAUGUAAAAACGGUGAAUCUGCAGCAGUGACAGCUGAUCAACCUGAUCAGUUAGUUGUUGGAGGAUCUGAAGAGUUUCCGCAGAUUUCAAGUCUGCAAGGGAGGUGAUGAUCUAAAAAGGCAUGAGUGUCAUGUAGUACUUACUUUACGCUCUUAUAGGCCUCAAUUCUUUUAAUUUCUUUCGGCAUCGGUAAUCCUUGUUCUGUAUCUGCAUUUCCAGAAGAGAGUCUAAAAUAGAGCGGGAAAGUUUAGUUUUCAAGCUUAUUCUAGUUAAAUAUCGAGUCUCCAAGGCUCUUUUCAUUCUUUUAUUCUUGUGUGUGAUUUCCAUUUGGAAAUGAAGUGCUCAAUUAAUAUGAUGAUAUGCAGUUUCA